AUGAAUAUUAAUACACUUGGCGGUGCUAUCAGUGUUGUUGAUACAAAUGUAACAAUUGAAAAUUCAACAUUUGAUUCAUUGUUUUCACAAUUGGGUCCAUCUUUUUUUAGCCAAUUUAAUGAUAAUCCAAAUGUAACAUCAUCAUUCAAUAUUACUAAUUGUGUAACUGAAAUUAAUUAUGAGAAAUAUUUAUAUCUAGUGCAAAUAGUGUAUUCUAUAAUAACAGUAAGCAAUACAACUCUCUUUUUCAGUAUUUACGACUCAUUCUUAAUUAUUACAAAUUCAACAUUAAUAAGUUUACUUGAUCAAGUAAAUUGGUUAUCAGAGUAUCAAUCAAUUGAUUAUAACACCUUAACUUUUUCAAACUCUACUGUUUUAUUCGAUAGUUGUACCUUUGGUAAUGAUUACACUAGUAUUGGCUGUUCUCUCUCAUCCAAUGUUACAUUUAUCAAUUCAAUAAAUUUUGAUCCAUUUUAUUCUUGUGCAAACUGUAAUCAUUUAAUUGUUGACUCCAAUUUAAUUCGUGAUAGUAAAAGUGUUACAACCUCAACACUGAUCCAUCAUGAUAGUAGUAACUCUUUAAAAUUAAUUCCAAACAUUCAUUCAAUUAUUAUUUUUAUCUUAUUGAUAACAACAAUAAUAGUCUCUUAA